GUUGUUUGACUGCGAAUGUCACAAAAAAUGGCGACUGAGAACCCGUUAAUUUCUAAAACCGUUCUGUAUGCUGGAGAAGGAGAAAUUCCUAUAUUUGAAAGUGGAUCCAAGGUAAACUCAGCUAAAAGACACAAAUAUUCGUUAUAUUUUUUAUCACAAAAUAAGUAAAAGUCGAGCAAGAUCGUAAAUUCUGGGUUUUUCACUGUGAAAGAACCGAUGAAGUUUUUCCUUGUUUUGUAAAAGCUUUAACUUUGUAGGCUUUUUAUUUAAGCUAAGUUGAAUUUUUAGUUUUUUUUUUACGUGUCUCUUGAUUGUUGAGGAUUGUUUCCCUAAGGGCCUAAAUUCUAGGCCAAGUCUGCUUGAUUUUCUUGCAGUACUCCAUUCAGGACUACGUUCACCCGGACGAUCAAACCUUUCACAGUUUUAGUACUCUCUAGCUACAGUCCCAGGGGCCCCACUCACAUAUUUUAAUGACGGGGGGGGGGGGGGGGGGUCCGACAGAGGUUCAUAUUUUAUACCCAAAAAAAUCCCAACGUCAGAAUUUAUCUACCCAAAAAAAUCCCUACUUUUUUUAGCAUACCCAAAAAAAUCCCUCAGUGUGUUUGGAUCAGCAAAUUUAUUAUUUAUCUUCUGGAAAGCUAAAACAUGCUAACUUCAACUUUAGUUUUGGUCAAGAACAAAACUAUACAAAAACAAAUACAAAAAGCUCGCAUGACUGUUAUAGGGUCUCUUCAUCCUAUCUUCUGCGACAACUUUACAGGAAGAUAUUCACUUAUGACAUCUACAGCAUGUCUUGUCCUUAGCACAUUCUUUGCUUGCUAUUGUACCGAAACAUCCCUAUGUAACAGACCUCGUGGCAUCAGACUUUCACCAUGUUUUUGUGUAACUGAUAUCUCAAAAGGUGGACAGACAAUUCCCACCAGGUAUGGAACACAUCCAUACGCACCAAUUCGUGUUUCACCAGGCGUGUUACAUAGGAGUGUAGUGAAAUAUAGCAACUCAGGGCAACUCAACUGUAUCAAAUAUAAGACUUGAAAAUUAAUACACUGUUCAUUAAAAAUUCAAGCCAAACUGUAUCCUGACAAACAGCAUUGGAAAGUAAAAACCGGAUCUAUUAAUCGUGAUUAAUGUGCGGUGUACACAACCACUCGCCUAAGUCGCCCUGUUCGAGUCCUGGAAAGUUGGACUCUUCGACCAUCAUCAGCCAUGUAUUCUGAAGUGUCACCAUAAUUUUCCAAGGGGAAAUAUGCUUCUAGGUAAGUAGCAUUGGCUAGUGAAAGCUGAAAUUCUUCCCCCCUCCUAGUCAGAGAAACUGGGCUGAUGACCUAUUGAAUAUUUCUCUCUGGAUUAGAUGCACGUGGAGUGCCGGUAAUUUACUUUUCACAUAGAUUACAAUCUCAGAACUAUCCUGUAAUACCACACAAGCAGUAAAUUGCGCUUAUGUUAUUGUUGAUUUGAGCUGAUGAAAAAUACAAUACCAAAAAAAAUCCCUCUGUUGUUUUCGCGACCCAAAAAAAUCCCGGCGUCUUUCAUAGACCCCCAAAAAAUCCCUUUUGGCCAAAAUGUCAGACCCAAAAAAAUCCUUCGGACCCCCCCGUCAUUAAAAUAUGUGAGUGGGGCCCCUGGGGCUACAGUAAAAUCCAGUUCAAGGCAUUUUUUAUCGUCAUGAAAUUAGGUAAAAGUGAAGAAGAGCUCCCCUAAAGUCUGUCAGCUGCCAGUUUUUCGAAGGAGCUGGUUUUUUUUUUUUACUGUUUCCUAACAAUGCAUCUGUUUCGGGACUUUUACAACUGGCUGCUUUCAGAGUAGCCUCCCAUGCAGGCGUUUUGGGGAUCUCGCUUUUCAUCCGUCCCCACAAACGUUUGUGGGGAGGGAUGAAAAACGAGCUCCCCUAAAAACGCCUGCGUGGGAGGCUACUGCGUAGUGGAGGUUCAAUUGUAAAAAUAUCUCUGAUAAGAAACAUAUUUACGUUUUAUUUUAGGCUACCUUUCAUUUCAAGACUUUCAAAGCAGAUGAAGAUAAAACUCCUAUUGAUUGUAGUAAAGAGCUUGGACAGCCAUUCGAGCUUCUUAUUGGGAAGAAGUUCAAAUUAGAAGUGUGGGAGGAACUUAUAAAGACCAUGAGAGAAAAAGAAGUGGCUCGGUUUACAUGUAAUAAAUUGGUACGAAGUUAUUAAGUGUUUAUUUCAUAUAAAUAUCCGUCCAAGAUUAAUAAUAAAUAAAUUGUUCAGGGCUGUCACUAAGAUUUCAAGUUACCAUAUAUAUGCAAUUAGACGACGGGGAAUUGAGCAGCUAGGAAUUUCUCCUGGUUCCAUUUUCCUUUUGGUUCCUUGGAAAAUAGCCAAGCAUCACGCUCAUAGUGUUGGGGGGAAUCCCCAGCCCUUAGUAAGAGCCCUGAUUGUUGGACAAAGGACAUGUAAUGUACAGGCAGCAAUACUGCUCAUCUAUUUUGGAAGUGCAGAGUUUGAGAAAGUAGAAAACAUGAGGAAAGAUAGGCACAAAAAGAAAGGGUUUACUGAUGUGGACUCGUUAUUCCUUUUACAUCAGGAAAAAUACCUGUUCAUAUUAUGAGCUAUAAAAAUGUCACCACAUUUCUACCAACAGCAUAGCCUUAACCUUCAAAACAUAAACCACACAUGGAUAACGAUCCCUUGAUUUGUUAUGAGAGAGGGUUAGAUGUUAAAAUGUCUGCUUCUAAAUGUUCUUAGCAUAAUAAAUUGACUUCAUCAAUUUAGUUGAUAAGAUAGAAUUUUUGUCUUUCACUUACCCACUGUCACAGAACCACAGUUUGUUUUAAAAGUGAUUCCAUUCUUCAAAGUAGGAAUUGUUUGUUUUAGUGUUGUGGUGUAGGCUUACCUUGUCGUGUACCGUAAAGUGACACCGUACUUCCUCUAAUGAGCUAAUGACUGGUAUUUUUAGCUUGUAGGAGGUUAUCCAAUUGUGUCCAAGAGCCUACGCACUAUUGCUAAGAAGGCAAAAGGAGAGUUACCUGAGGAACAUAGCCAUCAUGAACAUUCAUGUAGCUUGUCAGCCAUGAAAUCCACAGGAUACCCAGACUUGGACGAAUUACUUGUCAAUGAACAGGAUCUUGUCUUCGAAAUAGAACUUUUGAAGUAUGAAAAGCCUGGUGAAUUCUUAAAAGAAACAUGGCAGAUGGAUGCCGAAGAGAAGUUGUCAAUUGUUCCUGGAUUGAAGAAGGCAGGGAAUAAACUAUACGAAGAGAAAAAGUACAAAGAGGCAGCAGAAAAAUAUGCAGAGGCGUUGGGUUGUCUUGAGCAGUUAUGUCUGCGAGAAAAACCAGGUGAUGAACCCUGGUUAAAUCUUGAUCAAAUGAAGAUUCCUUUUUUGCUUAACUUUGCACAGUGCAAGCUUUUUCUUGGUGAUUAUUAUGAAGUUAUUGAGCACACAUCAACAGUUCUUGAAAAAGAUAAGGAUAAUGUCAAGGCUUUGUUUAGACGUGCAAAGGCUCAUGUGAAAUGCUGGAACCCUCAAGAGGCUAAGGAUGAUUUCAAUAGGGUUGUAGUUUUGGAUGCAUCACUAGCAAAAGCUGUCAAGAAAGAACUUGAGGAGCUAGAAAGACUCACUAGAGAGCAUAAUGCCCAGGACAGAGUGAGGUUAAAAGAACUUUUUAAGUAAUGUGAUUAAGGUGUAGAGAGUUGAGUAAAGAGUAAAAUCUACAGUGCCAAUGGCAAGAUUAUUGUUUGAAGGUGAAAGCAGUGAAGGGUGUAAUAAACUGACAGGUUUUGUGACUGACCACUCUCCCUUCAUCAGUGAAAUAGACCCUUUUUCAGCUUUACACAAAAACACUGUGCGGGAGAGCUAACAAUGCAGUGGGACCCUGAAAGAAAGGAAAUUAGCUUUUAUGUAAUCACGUUGUUUUUCUUGUCCCACUGCAUCUCACGUUCUCCAGGAAGGUGUUUUUGUCCCAUGUGACAGACUGUUCAGUUGAAAAGGGCUCAUGGGCCAUUGAACUACAUGCCCAUUUUGACAACCUUUAGAAACAUACCAUAAAAUUCCGAAAAUAAGCCUCUCCUUGCAUAAGCCCCU